AGCUCGGCUCUCUCUCAUCUCUGUGCCGAACAACGGAGUACGACGGAGACAACGCCGAUGGUCGGCAAGGAUUGAGGGGUUGCUGCCAGAUCCGCUACGGCUGCUCAAGAUGAGCAUCUUCCCUUUCGCAACAUUCGAGUAUCCGAUCGGCAGGAUUGAGCGGGCCUCAGCAGAGCCGCAGAGUAGGGUUGCCAGCCAGCAGAUUGUAGACGAAUAGUCGUCAGCAACUCGCUGGAGGUCAGCAACCUCGCCUUGAUCAGCUCAUCCCGCGCCUCACGUUUUUCAGACGGAGCCCAAGAUGACGGACUCCACUGCACACCCGUAUCCUCAGCCACCUUCCAGUAUGGUCAACGAACGCUCUCCGCUCCUCGACGCUCGUCGUCAAUCCGCACUCUCCCAGGACGCAGAUGGGAUUGAGGACCUGCAUUUACCCCAACGUCGCCACCUGGACCCUCAUCUUCCAGCCAGCCGGCACUCCGAUUCACGUCGCUACUCAACAGUAAGCAGCACAUUCGACAUAGAAGAGGACCAACCUAGGGUGCGGCCACGCUCCUCUUCCCGACUGCUCAGGGAGACCGUCUCCUCCGCGCGCCUAUCCAUUGUCUCCGCCACCACUCAGCUAGCCCAGCAAGAGACUCUAGGUCUCUCGCUCCUUCUCCUCGCCGCCUUCUUCUCCUCCUCUAUGGCACUCACCUACACCCUCCUCUCACACCUCACUGCGGCUUCGCAACAUCCAGUCACAGCCCUGCAAGUCAUCUUCGCUCGUAUGGGCAUGACAUACUUGGCUUGUCUAGCUGCGCUGCACAUCAAGGGGGACCCACACCCCUUCCUCGGCCCUAGAGGGGUACGGAAGCUACUUUGUGCUCGCGGAGUCGUCGGCUUCGGUGGCAUCUUCGGCUUCCUCAGUUCGUUGCGCUACUUGCCGCUCUCAGACGCCCAGGUCAUCAACCUGGGCUUGAUCCCUAUUGGGACUGGCUUGUUCUGCUCCUGGUUCCUUGGGGAAAACUUUGCUCGCCGCGAGUUAGGAGCGGGUAUUGCGAGCUUAAUUGGGGUAGCAUUGAUUGCAAGGCCAAAGGCCAUCUUCGGGACUGUGGGGGGAGGGGGAGACGUGGCGGUUGGGGUCCCGGGAGAGGAGGCUUUCAGCCUUUCCACUGGUGCGGGCGGCAAGCAAGGCGAAGAUGAAGGGCAGCGCCUCUUCGCUACCUGCCUCGCACUCGUGGGCGUAGUAGGAGGAGCAGGGGCGUUCACCAUCAUUCGCGCCAUCGGCACGAGAGCCUCCCCGCUCCACUCCGUCUCCUUCUUCGCCCUAUAUUCCACGCUUGUCAGCCCAAUCCUGGCAUGGAUACAAGGGGAGACGUGGGUUCUCCCGGGCGGUGAUCCAGCGGACCCCAAGGGCCUUCGCACCCAGGCAGCCAUCCUCCUUGGCCUGACGACAGGCUUCGGUCUAUGUGCUCAGCUCCUCUUGACGAAGGGGCUGCAGAUGUGCAAGGGUGGAAAGGCGACGACUACCGCGUACACGCAGGCUAUCUGGAGCUGCUUGUUUCAGCUGGUGUUCCUGCAUGAGCCAAUUGCUCCGCUUUCUGCCAUCGGCUGCACCGUCAUCCUCACUGCGGCGCUCAUCGUCGCCAUAUAUCGAUGACCCUCGAGCUGCAAGGUGUGCGUAUAUGUACAUUGGAUUGCGGGUGUAGAUUACAUUGCAUUGUCCGCCUCUCGUCCCUUCCCUACUAUCCCAAUGAUACCCUCUUCACUAUUUGGCCCUUCAU